AUGUCAACCACAAUCCCAAAACCAUACAAAACCCUCUUCACCCUCCUCGACCCCCUCAUCGCCCUCUGGGGCGCCUCCCUAUUCCUCCUCUCCCCGCAGACCGUCACGUCCUCCUACCUCCCGCCCACCUACACCCCUCCCGUCGACCCCUCCCUCGCCCACCCAGCCGCCGCCCUCUCCUCCGCCCUCGCGACCUCCUUCGCCGAGUACUCCGUCCCCCUGCACGCGCAGAUCGCCGGCCACCUUCUUUCCAACGCGCUUCUGUCCGCCGUCCUCCUCCGCGCGACCGAGGAGGUCAAGGUAUGGAGGGUGUACCAGCUCUCGCUGCUCGUGGUGGAUCUGUUUCUGUUGUACGGGACGUUCGCGUCGUAUGCGAUGCAGGGACGGCUGAAUCCGUUGGCGACGUGGAGGAUCGAGGACUGGGGCGCCGUGUCGAUUACGAUGUUGGCCGGGCUGGCGAGGCUUUGUUUCUUGAUGGGGGUGGGUUUCGGUCAGGAACGAAGGUCUAAGAGAGCGUAA